CACUGAACAUUAGACCUUCCGUUCAGCCAUCGCGCAAACAAAGACUCCGCUGCUUGGCUGUCUCUAAGUUUUUGUCCGCUGUUUUGGAAAAGUAGAGCCGCCUGGUGAUGCGUUUCAGAUAGCGCUCCAACCCUCGCCUCCCCGUCAGUGUCGUCUUCAGGACAGCAGUCCGUUUCUUCCGUCCAGAGGGCCGAGUGCUGAACGCUAGCUGUGACCAUGUCGGACUUCCAUUCUCAGAUCGCCUCCAUCAUGGAGGUGCUGGCUAACGCGGCCGUCGCUGAGAUUUGCAAAGUUGUGGACGACGGAUACGCGGUGGUUCACCUGGAAAUGUCCCGGAGCCAGAAGGAGAACGAGUUCCUGCGGAGGAAGAUCAAACUGCUGGAGCUGCAGAUCGCCCGGUACCGAGCGGAGAGAAUGAAGGGAGCGGAGGGCUCCAUCAGCAGCCGCUUCCCCGGGUUCCGCCUCCUCAACCGGCAGAACAAGGACUCGCUGGCCGGCCCCUCUCUGCAGGGCAGGACCAGGUUUCUGAACCGAGGUCCAGGGUCUCAGCAGUGUGCGCAGAAGAGCCAGCCUAUCAACCUGGACCAGGAUCCUGACCAGGAGGUUGUCACCACCACCAAAACAGAGUCAGCAGAGCCUGAGGAGGAGGGGGAGCUGCUGAUCGUCAAAGUGGAGGGAGCGAUGGAGGCCAGUGGCACCGACCACGAGGCGCCCCUAGACGCCUGCAUGAGCACAGGGGGAGAUGCCAACGCCAACGCUUUGCUCCCCACCGCCUCGAAGGACGCCAGCGGCGGUCAGCCGGCCAGACGCAGCAACGAAACGGAGGGCCAGGGACGUCUGAAAAACACAAGCAGCCCUCAGAGCCUGGAGGAAAAGCUGGAUGAAGUGCAAGGUGACACCCCAGAGAAACACCGACCCACCCAAACCCUGCUGGACUGGCAGGAGAGCAGUGAGACCAAAGACGCCGAACAGCCAUCAUGUUCCACGUACACACUGGAAACUGUAGCAGGAAACGCCUCCUUCAGCCAAACAAGGACAAACCCUGCCUCCAGCUUUCCCAUUGUUCCCAGAAUGCCUCAGCGCGACAUGGACCAGGCGAGCCGUCGGUCUAAAUGUGACGUCAUUGUGAUCAACUCCCCUGCAGAGGAGGACAGCUGCGGGGGGACGCUGUCAUCUGGACGAGGUGGAGGUGACGGAGCUGAUGAAGGGACGCCUCUCAGCACUGUGAGGUCCCAGUAUCAGCCACUGCUGUGUAUCCAGAUCAGUGACCCCCCCAGUGAAGUCAUGUAUGAAGGAAAACACAUCUCUACCUUUAACAGCCCCCCUGUUUCCAUGGCAACAGUGGACUCCCAGCCCCAGCAAACCCAGCAUCCGUGGUCUGGAAUGGGGCAGAUGGACAGUGUCCACUUCUCUAACAAGAACCACCUUCAUGAGUCUGGUCCAGUACAGACCCAGCAGCAGCAGCAGCCCUGCCUCCCCUACGCCUGCACCUUCUGCUCACGCCGCUACGCCCACCAGUGCCAGCUGCGCAUCCACGAGCGCGUCCACACGGGGGAGAAGCCGUACCAGUGCACCCAGUGCGGAAAAAGCUUCGGCCAGUUCUGCAGCCUCAAGCGCCACCAGAUGGUCCACACGGGGGAGAGGCCGUUCCCCUGCCCCCACUGCGGGAAGCAGUUCUCCACCUCCACUAACCUGAAGGUGCACCAGAGCGUCCACACCGGGGAGAAGAGGUUCCACUGCUCCAAGUGUGGCAAGAACUUCUCCUUCCUCAGCAACCUGAUCAGGCACCAGGCUCUGCACGCCGCCAGACCGUAUGAGGCCGCAUUAGUCAGAGCGGAGCCCGUCGAGGGGAAGCGGUCCAGCGGGAUGGAGAGCUGUGUGAAUCUGCACUCUCAGCUGGCCUCCAUCAUGGAGGUGUUAGCAAACGCGGCGGUGGCGGAGAUCUGUCAGCUGGUGGACGACGGCUUUGCGUCCCUGAGGCUGGAGAUUUCCCGGAGCCAGAGGGAGAACCUGGCCCUGAAGAGCCGACUGCGGCUGAUGGAGGUCCGGGCAGGGGAGCGGUGCCUCAGAGAGUCCUGUACCAGGAGAGAUCAUCAUUUUGAAGAAGAUGGUUCUACUGAUACAAAAAGAAAAUCCACCACCCAGGAGAAUACUGACCCUCAGCAGACACAGCCGGAGGAUGUGACGGAGCAGCCGGUGGAGCCAGAGGUGGCUGUGAUAAAGAAGGAAAGGCUGGAGGAGGAGCUGACAGGCUGCAGUGUGCUGGAGGACCAUCAGACAGCUGCUAACAGCUGCAUUGGACCUCAGUGUCUCUCUCCUGCUGCAGAGAGCGACUGUCCUCUGAGUGCUGGAGCAGAAAUCCCCAGAGUCAGUGUAUCAGGCCGACUCAGAACUCAGCAGCAGGGAGUGGAGGAGGGAGCGAGGGAGACCAGCUCUCUGGCCGGGUACUCUCAUCCAGCAGAGCAGAGCCACAGAGACCUGACCAAAGAAGAUGACAAGCAUGUUGUGGAUCCCAGAGACUCUGUGUCCACUGACUCCACCAGGAGUACAGUUCCUGAUGUAGAGACUCAACUGAUAAAGGCACUGGACUCAGAGCUGCUGUUAACAAACACUGGAGUGAAGGGUGUGUGUGGUGCUGCAGCAGGCUGGGGGGGAGAGGCCGUGUCAGCACCGGUCAAACUGGAGGCUGAAGCCUCCUGGUCUGAAGCUUUUAGGACACAAACAGCUUCCGUCUCUGUCAGUAGAACUGAGCCUGUGAGUAACAGCAGAUUAACAAACAGUCACCACGCAGAGAGCGAAGCAGCAGAGCUGGACACCAACAGCUUGGACUCGUCCUCCUUCGAUGACCUGUUCUCGUCUCCAGAGGUGGCCCAGUCUCUGAGGGUUCCUCAUAAACAUUCCACAGACGAAGUCACGGGCACGGAGGAGUCACUGUCGUCCUCUUCUUUUCCUUUCCUGAGCAGCGGGAGCAGCUUUGGGAGCUCUUCCACGUCAGACUGUCUAACCGGCUCCUCCUUCUGUAACGCGUCCUCUGACUCCAGGAGCAGAAGCUUCCCCUGCAGCACAGAGCGAGUGUUCAGCUGCCAGCAGUGUGGCUGCCUCUUCUCCACCUCCAGAGACUUGGUGGUGCACCAGCGCUCCCACGCCGGAGAGAGGAUCUACCACUGCCACCUCUGCAAGAAGCCCUUCAUCCACCCGCACCAACUGAAAACCCACCAGCGGGUGCACACGGGAGAGAAACCGUUCAGCUGUGCGCAGUGCGGUAAGCGCUUCUCCCAGUCCAGCCACAUCAAGAGACACAUGAGCGUGCACACGGGGGAGAAGCGCUACAGCUGCAGCCUGUGUGGGAAGCGCUUCUCACAGGCCUGCAGCCUCAAGGUGCACCAGGCCGUCCACACCGGAGAGAGACCCUACAGCUGCACCAAGUGCGGCAAGAGCUUCUCUGUGCUGGGAAACCUGGUCCGCCACCAGAGCGUCCACAUCGGCAAGUGAACACACACACACACACACACGCACAGCCAGAAGGGACUGAAGCAGCCAGCCACACACCCUUCUGUUUCUAAUGUUUAGAAAUGUGCAUAUGACAUGUCUGUCAGAAUGUUUUUAACAUACCGAAUAUCGUCCUGUGCUGGUGUUAUUUAUACAUGUUUACAAGACAUUAAAAAAAACUU